GUAGUUUUUUGUGCUUAAAACUCACAAUCCCACCCAUUGCUCCUCAGGAGCUAAAGAUGGCAAGCAGGUCUGGGUACAGCAUGGUUCUGGAAGGAAGAUGGGUUCCACUCGGGUGACUGCAAAGGAGCUGUGUGAGAAUGAUGACCUGGCAACAACACUAAUUCUUGACUCCUACCUCGGUUUUAAGACACAUAAGAUGAACGUCAGCCCACUCCCAGCCAUCAGAAGGAAGCACCAUUUGCGCGAAGCAGUGGAAGCUUUCCGGAAGCGCAAGGACCUAGAAGCAGCAUACCAGGCCUUAAUGCAGGGCGGAUGGGCCUGCCACUACUUUGCAAACAGGAGCCGUCAGCAGGAGGCUGCCUUCAAGACUCAUAUAUUUCGUUACCUUCGUAUUUUCCUUCCUGAGAGUGGCUUUGCCAUCAAACGCUGUAGCCGAUAUUCCCUGGAAAUAAAUGGUGCUCGGGUGGUCUCUACAAAAUCAUGGAGAAAGAAUGAUAAGUUGGAGCUCCUGGAAGGUUACAUUGCAGAGCUGACAGAACAAGAUGAAAGCCUCCUGCGGUCAGGAGAAAACGACUUCAGCAUCAUGUAUUCUACACGGAAGCAGUGUGCCCAGCUGUGGCUGGGUCCUGCAGCCUUCAUUAAUCAUGACUGCAGGCCGAAUUGUAAGUUUGUCCCAAUGGAUGGAAACAUUGCUUGUGUCAAGGUGCUGCGGGACAUUGAGCCAGACGAUGAGAUCACAUGCUUCUAUGGCGAUGGCUUCUUUGGAGAGAAUAAUGAAUUGUGCGAGUGCUACACUUGUGAAAGAAAGGGAGACGGAGCCUUCCGCCUCCUCAAUCAGACACCAUCACCAUCUAUCUUGGUCAAUGAGAAAUACCUACUGAGGGAGACAGAUGGCCGUCUACAGCGGUGGAAAAACAAGUCAUGCAAGUUGGCCCAGCGUAGUGUGAAAGUGGGACAUAAAACCCGGCGCAGGAGGGCACGAUUACGUGGUGCUUUACGUAGAUCUAGUCUUCGCUGGUACUUUAGGAUGCUAAAACCUUUAUACAUCCCUGUGCACGACUGCUUGGCCUGCAGUGCGCAUAGAUGUAAGCUCCGUAAGCAGCCACUGGUACGCCUGAUUCGCUGUCCUACUUCCAUGUUACCUGCACCACAUCUCCGGCGUUCAAAGCGCUCCAGAGCUCAGCGGAACUAUUCCUUCACAGCAAAGCACAAUUUGUCUCUGAACCAGAGCUGGGUAAAUCAGCGCAGCUUGGUUGUGAAUCUUGGCGAGAGGGUUUCCUUGGACUGUUUAAGGUUGCAGACAAACAAACAGUUUGAGAAUGGGGAGCAACAACCACAUAGCAACAAUGGGGAACUUAGCCAGGUAGUUGAGGAUCAUCACACAGGAGAUGUGGAGAGCCACGCAGAGGUCUCAGAGCCCCAUGGAUCAGGAGAACAAGCACCACUCAGGUCUUCAGGCCCUCUCUCCUCCAGCCAGCUACUCUGCAGAACAAGGAGCAUGGCCAGGCUUCAAGCUCAGCUUUUGUCCAAAUCUCAGCUGGCUCUACCAGCAGUAGACCCCAAACUUUCCCAGUAUGCUCAUGUCUGCCUUGGGGGAUCCCGCUUAGGAUACAGGCAGCACUGGAAGCAGCCUCCUCCAGAUCCAGUGGAGAAGGAAAAUGUAGAGAAACAGGAUCCUCCCAAGCAAAUGGUCUCUUUUCCCCCUUUUGUUCCACCCAAACGGCUGCGACUGGUUGUAAGCCAUGGCUCCAUUAACCUUGAGGUGGCUUCAGGCUCCUGUGAGGAGCUGUCUUGAUCUUACUGUACCUCCAGGUACUGAGAAGAGACUGUACCUUCUCACUCAACUUUGAUUCUUGAUAAACCAGGGCAAAAAUCAUACAGUAUAUAUUUUCCCCUUCCCCACCCCAGUUACCUUUCAUGGAGCAAGAAGCCUUCUCUUGUCUCUUCUGAUGUGACAUCCAUGAAGGGCACAAGGUUGUGUCUUUGCUAAGGACACAACACUGUGUUCCAUUAUUUCUCUUUUUUCGUAACGCAGAUUAUUUUUCAGUUUUCAGAGUGCUUUCCCCAUCAGUUCCAUACUAUUUUCAUUUUAAAAGUGCAUUCCAUGAUGUAGCCAGACCUUACUACACACCUUUGAAACAAGCCAUAUAAAAGGCUGCAUGGAUACUUGGGAUUACCACCCUAUGCUGUCUUCUUUUUGUGCUCUGCUUUCUCUCCUCAAGACAUCUUCUGUCUUUUGACUCGAGGUGUGCCCAUGCUCUGGUUUGUAGCAGUUCAUCCAUGGACUUUUCUACAGGCUCACAUGGUGCUUUUGCUGUUUGUCACCCUAUCAAAGCUGUGAAGCUGACAUAGGUCAUGUGACUUAUGGAUGAAGGAAAUUUACUACCAAUCAGGGAAGCCUCUUUAACCCAUUAAAGAAAACCAGCAACCAGAAGUGCACAAUUGCAUGAAACCCAAGCUCUUCAACCCAUUUAACCUGAUGGCGGCUGCUGCUUGCUAAACAGGCUUAUUUAGGGAAUUAAACUGUUUCCCCAUUCCCCCACCUCUUUUUGGGUGCCUACUGUUAAAAGACAUCUAAUUUUCUAGUUUUUCAAGCCACUUUUGUAUUAGGUCUGUCUUUAUCUCUUCUCUCUGCUGGGACUUUUAAACAAAUGUAUACUGGGACAUUUUUAGACUCCUAAUAAACUCAAAGCAUUCAGGUUUUUAUAUUUGAUACAGUUGAGGUUUGAUAGUGUUUUCAGAAUACUAGUGCAUUAGACAGAUUUAUGCAAAUAUUUCAAACUAGUUAAGUGGUAGAGAAUGAAAUAGUUAUGCUUUUCAGCACUAGUCCAGGGACUGCUUGGCUCAGGGGCAUUGUGAUAAGGCACCUUCCUUUUGUGAGGUGUUGGCUUGAGCAGGAUAAAUGCCUCUGCUUGUCUGGUGGUUGCUCUGUUUGGUUUAAAACCACUUGCAGUAAAUGGAUCUUCUGUAUAUCCACUGCCUCAGUCCUGGCAGUUCUUGAGACAUCUAGCAGAUGGAUCUCAUUUCAGUGCUUAGGCAUCAAGCUGUAAGUUCAGAUUCAGGUACCAACAGCUACUGGGCAGAUGGGAGAAUUGUACCCAACUGUUUUCUGAGAGUAGUUGCUUUGUUUUGCAGGUGGCAAUUUUAUGGAGAACGUUGGAAUCAUAGCAGAGACUCUGAUUCUAAUCUUUCACCUCCUUUCGUGUUUGGUCCCCACCUCAAUGCAUUUCAGUCUUAACAAGGCUUCUCCAUAUAACAUUAGAAAGAUAAAUGUGCAUAUGGGAGUCACACUGGUAUCUUAAGGCUGCAGUCCUAUGCAUACAUCUGUGGAGUUUAACUCCUGUUGAAUAGGAUCCUGCUGAAAAAGUCCUUGAUCCCUGAGUUGAGAAGUCAGUCUUAGAGAAGCUUUGUAGUUUGCCUGGCAUGCAUUUUAGCUCUGAGAUGAACAGUGUAUUGUAGUUCAGGCCUUCUGCUGUACACAGCUCUGCAAGUGUAGGUGCUGAUUCCUGAGUAAUUUGUGUGUUUGAAAGUGGUUUUUAGACAAUAGUUUGUGAGAGGUAUAAGGGCACAGCUUGCAGUUAGGAGGGGCUCUAGUUAUUCACUCUUUUUCAUUAAUGAAACUGUUAUUCAGGGAGCAUCGGUUAAACUUUAUUUCUUCAUAGCAGCUGUAUUUGGACACUGGAAUCCUGGUUUAUGAAGAGAUCACCAAGAUUGUAUGUGUUGUCUACUUGUUUCCACUUGCAGUCGGAGCAGCUAAACAACUUAUAGUCUUAAAGUUUGUGGUUCAUUUAUUGUGACAGCAGAUGCUCUGGUUUAUAUCUCUCAGUAAGCUAUAGAAAUCCUGGGCAAAUGAGGCUUGUUGUUAUUAGGAAAACAGGCCAAAGCACUGGCUGUUGUUGGGUUUACCUGCUCCUGCUGUUAGUAGGAACAGCCAAGAGGCAUGUUGCAAUAUCUGCUUGUCCUCAGUGAGCUAGGUUUCCUGCAAUUUCAUCAGUUACUGUGAGGUUUGAACAGGGUCAGUGAUUAUGCCAAGUUUUUCUGACAACUGAGACAAUUUUGGAAGAGCAUAACCUUCAUAGAAACACAGAAAAUCUGCAGAGUUCCAGUUACCAACACUGCCCUUCUAAAGACCCCAGUCAGUCAUGUUUACUGGUAUAGCUGAUUCUGCUGUGAUGGACUGUAGAAGGAAUACAAAUCUUUGUUAUGGAGUACUUUCUUGGAUGAUUACAACUGUACAUACUCAAGUGAAGGCAUCAGAGAAAUGUGCUCAAGUAGGCUGUGAAAAGCAGUCUCCUCCAUUGGUGGUGUUCACUUACCAACCUGCAAGAUAGAAAAUACACAGUUUAUGCUGGGAAUUUCUGUCAUUUUCAGGACCUUCACAGUGUGUAAAGUUGUUUCAGAAUGGCCAAAAUAUUCCAUUCCACACUCACAAAAGAGAGUUGGAAAAUGUUUGCCACUGCACAUGAGUGUGUUUUUCACUAAGGGUUGAUACACAAAUGAAACUGCAUGUCUUUCCCUGCUUCUCAAGUUUGUAUUUAUGUCUAUGUUGCAAGAUAUCUUCUUUAAAUAGUCUUUUCUCUUUUUUCUUAAACAUUCUAGUUUAUUAGCAAUGUAUAUAUUUUAGACAGAUGAGCCCAGUUAUUUGUUAGGUGUGCACCCCUUUUCAUUUAAGCACAACACCUUGUGCAUAUGACAUGGCAUUCAUUCUGUGUCAAUGCAUAGCCCUAUCCCAAUAGAGCCUUGACCCAAACUUAGGAAAAUGUGUUUAUCUCCUUUUUGUUUAGGUGUUAUUUUUGGCGGCAGGGGGGAGUACAUUGAAAGAAAAUCAAAACAGUGGUGAUAAUAGUAUUGACAGAUAUUACAAGGCAUGCAUUUUCACCUAUGUAUCAACAUUUGAGUACAACACAAAGACCUGUAUUAAAAAUAACUUUUCAUUCUUCCUAACUAGCUCAAGAACCCUUCUGCUAGGAGUGCCCAUAUUUAUUUUCCUGCCUGCUACUCUAUCUGUUUUGUGGCUGUUCCAUGUUUGUUGUUAGUAGCAGACUAGUGCACAACCUUUAGGUAGUAACUGUUAUGGUGGUUUGGGGGUGGGGAGAGGAGGAGGGUAAGAUGAUCGAGGGCUUUGGGGAAGGGGUGGGUGGGGAGGGUGGAUGUUGCUAGCCAGGACACUGAAUGCUCCCUGUUGAAGGGUGGGCUGGGGCUCAGUUUUCACCUUUCUGUGCCUCUUGUUUUCCCCAUCUUUUAAGGUGGGUUUAUACUGUAAGCUACCUCGUUUGGGAAGGAAAGCAUCAAGACACCUCUCCAGCCUCUGUCUUUGAUCUGCUUUCAGUCCUGUGUCCGUUUAGUCUCUCCUUCCUUCUCCCACCCUCAUCUCCAUCACUCACAUUAAAAACAUUCAUAUUCUCAUGAGUGGAAGGAUAGUAAGCCCAGCUGUCUUCUGUCCUUCCACCCUGGCUAAAUGUUUUUUCUUUUUCUCCUGAUCAGAAACUUUUCAGGGUUAGUCUUUUUUUGUUGCACCAUCAUCUCAGCUUCAGUCUGAUCCUUUGAAGUCAGCCACCUCCUUUUUGCCUCUCCAUGUGCCAGUCUCUGUUCCCUGACGAUGCCAUUGUUUGUUACAUUGCUACUUCCAUCUACUGUAAGAGGCUUUUAAAGCAUUCUUGGAGCCAGUCAAUCACCAUUUCAGAAGAGAAAAAAAAUCCAUAAAAGCUAUGCUCAGGAAAUUGAGGUACUUUUGACCCUUGCAAAGGGAGAAUAUAGGGAAACUGGACACAAUAAAGUCUGGAUGGCUGGGUUCCUCAGGGAAGGGUGAGGUGGAGGGUUACAGGGGAUCACCUUCUAUCCUGAUGUUUUCAGUUUUGACCCCAGUGCAUCAGUCUUGCCUUUUGUGGUAAGUUCACUUCUAACUUCAAUUUGAUUUGACUUUAUAAAGCACUGAGUUGAUCAGCCCAUAAUAUUCAGGAUCUAGGGUGUGGAUAUGUGACUGUUCUUUGCUCCCCACCCCUCAUUAAAUGUUCCCUAUGCUUUAUUUAAAUAAUAAAAUUCCAGUACUUGUCCAUUCACAAUAGGAACAUUUUUAAAAAACUAAACCAGGCAGGUCUGUCUGUCUGUUCCUUGCACAAAAAGGAGAGGGGAAAGGGGUGAUGCCACAGUUGAGGCAUGUACUUCCAGGGCUGUGUGUACUCUGUGCUUUUUUUUUAAAAAAAAAUACAAAUCACCACAAACUAAACUCCACCUGCAUGCAUUAGGAAAAUUAAUCUAGUUUUCAUGUUGUUGUUUUUUAAGUUUCUUUUGUUGGGGUGGGGAGGGUAGUUAAGCUUUGACCACAGGAAAUUAUCAUCUCCUUCCUGUCCACCUUACUUUUUUAGCUUUUAAAAUGUGAUGAGGCCCCCAGAAUUUCAAACUUGCCAUCUUAGCCUUGAAGGCUGGAAACUUUAAAAUUAAAGGCCCUAUAUCAAGUUUUAAAUCUGCACUUGUGCAGUAUGAUGGUGGAAUGCACACAGCCCUGGGUGUAUGUUGGUUUGGAUUGAGAAUUGGGAAGAAUUGAGGGAGGAAGGGAGGGGGGUAUUUUUUAAUGGUGCUAUAUUGAAGAGGGUGGUUGGAGGGUGCUCUCAGCUCCUGGAGUGGGAGUUUUGAGGCCCCAGGGUAGUUUUUGCCCCCACAAUCAGGCCGGUAUCCUGAAGAGGGGGUGAAGGCGAAACCUUGUGUUUGUAUUUUUAAUGGUGUGUGUGUUAGGGGGAGCGUAAUACUUUUUAAGAUACUUGAUUGGAAUAAAGUCUUUUAAAGCUA